AUGCAAGAAUACUUAGGUUUAAAAACUCAAAAUAAAUUGAUAGGAAAUUAAAUAUUAUUUAAAAAAAAAAAUGAAUUGUAAAAAAUAGUAGUUUGGAGAUUGUAUGGAGUUUUGUCUCUAUCUAAGGAAUCUGAUGGAGCAAUCUUCCCCAUCCUGAUUAAAAUAUUAAAAAGAGAGAAAAUUUAAAAUUGCUUGGAAUUUCUUUCAUAAAAUCAAAAUCAAUUCCUUUUAGAAAUAGAAAGGUAAAAGAUAGAAAAUUUAUCACUGCUUGAUAAAGAAUAGAUGCUAAAUGCAGAAUAGAAAAAAAUUAAGAGAAUAACAAAUGUUCUCAAAAAAAUUCGGGAACAUUAAUUUAAUGAACUGAAUUACUCGAUAGAUGAAUGUGAAGAAACUAAAUAAGAUUUUAUCACAAAAAUAUCCUAAGAUAAGAAGAUUAUAGAGUUAUUAAAGUUCUUAGUUCGUCUUACAGCCUUAGAUGAGAGAUUCAUAUAGUGUGGAUCAAAUUCCCUUCAUUUAUUAGUUUAGAUGAAGGUUGAUUUGAGAGAAGAAUCUUUUGUAAAAAUAAGAAUUAUAAAUACUUCACUUUUUGGAGCGAAUUUAGUUAGAUGUGACUUAAGUGAAAGUGAAUUUGACAAUGUUAAUAUUAGUGGAAUAAAUUUAAAUUAAGCCAAAUUAUUUAAUUGUAAUUGGAGGAAUUUAAGAAUUCAUGAGUUAAAUAAGUUAAAUCGACAUAGCCGUAGAGUCAAUUAAGUAUGUUUUUCUCCAGAUGGUAAGUCAUUAGCUUCUUGCAGUUAUGACGAAUUCAUUUUUUUUUGGGAUGUGAAAACAGGAAAAAUAAGGUCUACAAUCAUAAGAGAGAGUAAUAUCUAAUCAGUAUGCUUUUCAUCUAACAAUCAUACAUUAGCUUUCAGCUGCAAAAAUGUUGUGUAUUUAUGGAAUUUUAAAACAGGAAAAUAAAUAUCAACAUUAGAUGGUCAUUCAAAUUUAAUUCUAUCAGUUUGUUUCUCUCCUUAUGGUACUACAUUAGCAUCUGGUAGUUCAGAUAACUCGAUCUAUUUAUGGCAUGUUAAGACAGGAUAAUAAAAAGCUAGAUUAGAUGGUCAUUCCAGUUAUGUUUACUCAGUCUGUUUCUCACCUGAUGGUACUACAUUAGCAUCUGGUAGUCUUGAUGGCUCUAUCCUUUUAUGGGAUGUUAAGACAGGAUAAUAUAAAGCAACAUUAGAUGGUUAUACAAGUGGAUUUCUAUCAGUCAAUUUCUCUCCUGAUGGUACUACAUUAGCAUCUGGUAGUUUUGAUAAUUCUAUUCAUUUAUGGGAUGUUAAGACAGGAAAUUACAAAGCCAAAUUAGAUGGUCAUACAAAGAAUGUUUAUUCAGUUUGUUUCUCUCCUGAUAGUGCUACAUUAGCAUCUGGUAGUUAAGAUCAGUCUAUCCGUUUAUGGGAUGUUAAGACAGGAUAAUAAAAAGCCAAAUUAGAAGGUCAUUCAAGUCAUGUUAAUUCAGUCUGUAUCUCUCCUGAUGGUACUACAUUAGCAUCUUGUAGUGAUGAUAACUCUAUUCGUUUAUGGGAUUUUAAAGUAGUAUAAUAAAAAACCAAAUUAGAUAGUCAUUCAAGUCAUGUUUAUUCAGUCUGUUUCUCUCCUGAUGGUACUAUAUUAGCAUCUGGUAGCUAUGAUAAGUCAAUCCGUUUAUGGGAUUUUAAGACAGGAAAAUAAAAAGGCAAAUUAGAUGGUCAUUCAAAUUAUGUUUAAUCAGUAUGUUUCUCCCCUGAUGGUACUACAUUAGCAUCUGGUAGUUAUGAUCAUUCUAUUCGUUUAUGGGAUGUUAAGACAGGAAAAUAACAAGCAAAAUUAGAUGGUCAUUCACAUUGGGUUUAAUCAGUUUGUUUCUCUCCUGAUGGCACUACAUUAGUAUCAGGGAGCAGGGACAACUCUAUAAGAUUAUGGGAUGUUAAGACAAGAUAAAAAAAGGUCAAAUUAAACGGUCAUUCAAAUGGAAUUCUAUCAGUUUGUUACUCUCCUGAUGGAGCUACAUUAGCAUCUGGUAAUACAGAUAGCUCAAUCCGUUUAUGGAAUGUUAAGACAGGAUAAUAAAAAGCCAGAUUAUAUGGUCAUUCAGGAAACAUUUAUUCAGUCUGCUUUUCUCCUAAUGGUGCUACAUUAGCAUCUGGUAGUGAUGAUAAGUCUAUCCGCUUAUGGGAUGUUAAAACAGCAUAAUAAAAAGCCAAAUUAGAUGGUCAUUCAAGUUAUGUUUAAUCAGUCUGUUUCUCUCCUAAUGGUACUACAUUAGCAUCUGGGAGUGAAGAUAAGUCUAUCAUCUUAUGGGAUGUUAAGACAGGAAAAUAGAAAGCCAUGUUAAAUGGUCAUUCAAGUAAUGUUUAUUCAGUCUGUUUCUCCCCUGAUGGUACUACAUUAUCAUCUGGUAGUGGAGAUAUGUCUAUCCGUUUAUGGGAUGUUAAGGCAGGAUUGUAAGUCUUAUCUUCAGAGAAUCUUUAUAAAGAUAUCUUAGCAUAUUUUUAACCUUCUACAAUUAUAAAUAGGGUUGUUUCUGAAAUUGGUAUUAAUUUUUCACUAUUUUUUAGAUACCUCUUAUAUUACAAUUUUACUAAUUUCCUAAAAUUACAAUUUGGAAUCCUAAGGAGCGUAAAUAUUUAAAGGAUAAUUUAUAAAUUAUUAAGGAUUUGAUAUAAGAUUAUUAUUCAAAACUACAGGAAGUUGCAUUUUAGAAAAGUAAAAUACAUCGCAAAAGCCAAUUAAUUGA